AUGCUCGUUCUCGUUAACAUUCUGUCCGGAGCGCGAGACGCGGCGCCUGCGCGGCUCUCUCAUCAUGCUUCAGUCUCCAGAAGCGACUUAAGAGAGGCAGCACAGCUCUCUGUUCGUGCGCGAGCUGAAAUGGAUGGAGUAGAGAGGAAAAGGACGGAGGCUCGGAGGAGCAUGAUGAAAGACCGCGAUCUAAAACACGACUCCGGCAUCCCUGAGCGCGUGACACUCAAGAAGGAGAUCGGGCUUCUGAGCGCGUGCACGAUCAUCAUUGGUAACAUUAUUGGCUCAGGGAUCUUCAUCUCUCCUAAGGGUGUUCUGGAGCAUUCGGGUUCGGUUGGCCUGGCGCUGGUGGUGUGGGUGUUAGGAGGAGGCGUCGCUGCUCUGGGCUCCCUUUGCUACGCUGAACUAGGGGUCACCAUCCCCAAAUCUGGAGGAGACUAUUCCUACGUCACAGAGAUCUUUGGUGGUCUCGUGGGGUUUCUGCUGUUAUGGAGUGCAGUACUGAUCAUGUAUCCCACCACACUGGCAGUCAUCGCUCUCACUUUCUCGAACUACGUGCUUCAGCCUGUUUUCCCACACUGCGUUCCUCCAUACAUAGCCACACGCAUGCUGUCCACCAUCUGCAUACUGUUUUUGACAUGGGUGAACUGCUAUAGUGUGCGUUUGGCCACACGGAUCCAGGACGCCUUCACCGUGGGGAAGCUGCUGGCUCUAGGGCUCAUCAUUACUGUCGGCUUAGUGCAGAUCUUUGGAGGUAACUAUGAGAGCCUGACUCCACAGACAGCGUUCAUGUUUAAUAAAGCUCCCUCCAUUGGGCAGAUUGCUCUGGCUUUCCUUCAUGCCUCCUUUGCCUUCAGCGGCUGGAACUUCCUCAACUACGUCACAGAGGAAGUGGUGGAUCCGAGGAGGAAUCUGCCACGAGCCAUUUACAUCUCCAUUCCACUGGUCACAUUUGUGUACACGCUCACAAACAUUGCGUAUUUCUCCUCUAUGUCUCCUGAGGAACUGCUGUCCUCCAACGCAGUGGCUGUUACUUUCGGUGAAAAACUUCUCGGGGUGUUUUCCACCCUCAUGCCGAUCUCUGUGGCACUCUCCACUUUUGGGGGCAUCAAUGGUUACCUCUUCACUUCCUCCAGGUUGUGUUUCUCCGGGGCACGAGAAGGACAUUUACCCAGCCUUCUUGCUAUGAUCCACUUCAAGCACUGCACACCAAUUCCAGCUCUGCUCGUCUGUUGCUCUGCCACAAUUGUGAUCUUAUGCAUUGGAGAAACUCACAACCUUAUAAACUAUGUCUCUUUUAUCAACUACCUCUCUUAUGGAGUCACUAUUGCUAGCCUGCUCUACUACAGAUGGAAGAAGCCAAACUUAUACAGGCCCAUCAAGGUGAGUCUGCUGGUGCCGGUGUUUUACCUGCUCUUCUGGGCUCUACUGCUGGGCUUCAGUUUGCACUCGGAUCCGCUGGUGUGUGGAGUGGGGCUGGUCAUUAUGCUCACUGGAGUGCCUGUUUAUUUCCUGGGAGUUUACUGGAAAGACAAGCCAAAAUGCAUAUAUGACUUCAUCGAGUGGGCUACGUAUCUGGGACAAAGAGUGUUUUUUGUCGUUUUCCCACAAAUCGAUCCUAUUGAAGUGGCAGAAUGGACUGACAGAUCUUCCUUCACAAGCAAAGCUUCUGGACCUCUCUGAAUUUUGUACUACUUUAAUUUGGCAGCUCUUCACUUAAAAUCCACACUUUCCAGGCUUGUAGUAUAGUAGUAAAAUACAUGAAACAAUAACCGCCUCAUUUGUUUAAAUGGGGACUAUAUUUGUAUGCUUCAGUGGGUUUAAAUG